AUGAGCUUCCAGUCUGGAACGGCCUACGCAGAGUCGGAUGCCGACGACGAGUACGAGCGAGACAUCCAGGAGAGCUCCCCGAUAGAUGCCACCGAUGCAUCCAUCUCUCCCACCGAUUCCGAUCCACCCUCGAACGAACAUACCCCGACCACCUACGGCUACAGAAGCAGUGCAGACCGUCUGCCCGAGACCAUCAUAUCCGAGUGGACCGCCGAUGAGUGCGCAGAUUUCAUCGCAACCAUAGGCCUGCAGCAAUAUUCAGAUCACUUUAUAGAGAAUGAGAUCGUCGGUGAAGCUUUGGUCGCACUGCUGCAUGACGAUCUGAAGCAGAUGGGCAUCACCAGUGUCGGCCACCGCCUGACCAUCCUCAAGAGCGUCUACGACGUCAAAAAGGCUCAAGACGUCCCUAUAGAGAGCGACCACUAUGUCCCUUUGUCCGCCGAUGCCGAGGCUCAGUAUGCCACGGCCACCCUGAAAGACAUUAAGCAUCUCGUUGAACAACUUCGACUGCGCGACGAGCGAAUGAACCUCUUCGAACAAGACUUCCGAAGAUUAACGGAGGACUUCCGCAGGCUGCGCGAGGAUAUGCUCCCGGCAUUGCGCCUCGCAAAAGAUGCCCAGCAGCCACUCCCACCCACACACCUCAAUAACGGCACCGGCUACAACUACGAUGCGACGAUUUCUCCGCCAGCUCCCACGCCGUCAACCGCUGGUCCGUCUGGUGGUGGUCUCAAGCGACAGUACUCCACGAAGAAGAUCAUGCUUGGAACUACCCCAAAGACGACAUCACCCUCUCCCCUACAAACCACACACGAGCGAGGAAUGGAACAGACACUGGAUCCUGCCAAUGCGGCAGAACGAGCAGUCUUGUCAUCUUCGCAUCUUGCCGCCUUAAAUGGAGUGAGCAUGGAUGACCCGUGCUACAAGGUGUUACCGGCGGCUCUCAAGAAAUACCAGAUCAACGCGCCUUGGGAUCAAUACGCACUCUACAUUGUCUACGGUGACCAGGAACGGUGUCUGGGCCUCGAUGAGAAGCCUCUCAUUCUAUUUAAGCAGCUGGACAAGGAAGGAAAGAAACCGAUGUUUAUGCUGCGGAAGACCAACAAUGCCCAAGUCGAUCUCUCGGCCGACCUUCCAGGCAGUGCAGGUCUCGGGUCUGCACGUGGAGGAGCUACGGGAUAUGAUCCACCAGGUGGUAUUAUAUGA